GCCUGCAUGAGUUUGUGUGUAUCACCUGCCUGCAGGUGUCCAUAGAGGCCAGAGGGCAUCAGAGUCCCUAGAACUGAGUAACAGGUCAUCUGAUGUAGGUGCUGGGAACUGAACCAGGUCCUCAACGAGAACAUGUCACUGUCAACUGGGUACUUAUUGGAAACACAAGUUCCGAGAUUCCACCACUCCAGAACUGGUCACUCAGAAACUCCGGAGUAGGCUCGGCCAUCUGUAUGUCUGAGGCAUCCAGUGCUACAACUGAGACACUAGACUCAAGGCUUGGAAAUUCGGGAACCUUCAGUCUGGGAUGCUCCGAGUGAGGAACCUCAUAGAACUCUCAUCCACAACAGCCUGCUUGAGCUGAGCUGUCACUUUACUUGGAAGUUGGUAAUAGAAGAUGCGGACAUGCCUGAUUUGGAAAAAAGAAUCGUUGAUCAAGAGUUACCUGACCCCAACCACAGCACGAGGAUGCUCAACCUCCUGGCCUACGUGAGACACCUGAAAGGCCAGCAUGAGGAAGCCCUACAGAGCCUGAAAGAAGCAGAAGACAUGAUCCAGGAAGAGCCACUGGGCAAGAGAAGCGUGGUGACCUGGGGCAACUGUGCCUGGGUGCAUUACCACAUGGACAGCUUGGCAGAAGCCCAGAGCUACCUGGACAAGGUGGAGAAUACUUGCAAGGAAUUUGCAAGUCCCUUCCGCUACAGGAUGGAGUGUGCCGAGAUGCACUGUGAGGAAGGCUGGACCUUGCUGAAGUGUGGAAAACAGAAUUAUAGACAAGCCAUGGCCUGCUUUGCAAAAGCUCUGGAAGCUGAUUCUGACAACCCCGAAUACAGCAUUGGAUAUGCCGUUGCUGCCUAUCGCCAGGAUUUCAAUGACAGUAGUAUUUCUCUGGAACCCCUGAGGAAGGCUGUCAGGUUAAAUCCAGCGGAUCCAUACAUUAAAGUUCUCCUUGCCCUAAAGCUGCACAGCUUGGGAGAAUCAGAUGAAGCAAUAAGAUACGCUGAAGAAGCUCAGGCCAACAUAUCUUCCAAGACCUAUGUCUUGGGAUAUUUGGCCAAAUUUUACCGAUGGAAAGGUAAUGUGGAGAAAGCUCUUCACUUCCUUUAUUUAGCCUUGCAGGCAAAACCUUUCUCAGCCUUCUUGCAUUACGAGACUGGACGUUGCUACAAGAGACAACUGAUCCAAAUAAAGGAAGCUACAAACAUGCACCCUAGAGGUCAGGAUAGAAGAAUAGCAAACCAAUUGAUCUGUUUGGCUAUGGCUCACUUUAAAAAGACUUUAGAACUGAAACCCACAUAUGAGGUAGCUUACGUUCAUCUGGCUGAACUGUACAUAGAAACUGGCCAAUUAGAAGAGGCAGAGGAGAAUUUUCAGAAAGCAUUGAGCCUGAGGGGCCUUGAUGGUUCCAUACAGCAGGACAUCCAUUUGCGCUAUGGUCGUUUCCAACUUUACAAUAUGAGAUCAGAAGAAACAGCAAUCACCCAUUACAUAAAGGGUUUGAAAAUAGAAGUAACUUCUUCCUACGCCAAAGACAAGCUUCUCAAUGCUUUGAAGAACCUGGCUGAAAGACGCAUUCGCCGGAAUUUUCAUGUUGUGGAAGGCUUCGGCCUUCUUGGGUUUGUCUACAGACUCAGAGGGGACACAAGCGAGGCUCUGGAAUACUACGAGAAGGCCCUGAGACUCACGGAAACAUUGAAUCCUGAGUUUUGAAGCACAGCUCACCAAGUAACUUAUUAAGCAUUCUCCCAGCUCAUUAUUCUCCUUUGUGUGUGUGUGUGUGUGUGUGUGUGUGUGUGUAGCUGUUGCCUUAAAUACUCAGAACCAGAUGAAGCAAGUUAAGAUGAUUUCUUCUCUGUAUUCUGCCUUUCUGCAGGCCUGUUUUUGUUUGGUUUUGUUUAUUUAGUUGGUAGGGUUUGUUUUCUUCUUGGAGCCAUGUCUGUGAUAGGCGCUUCCAUCUUCCUAUCCCACUUGGCUGCACUCCCUGACCAUGGUUGAUUCCUGCUCUUCUAGACACCUGUGAGCUGCUGGACCAACAAGAACCACUUUCGCUAUGAGUGUGCUUUUGGAGUCCAUGACCUACAUCCUCAGCUUUCGAGUACCCUGAUCAAAGGACAUUUCACCAAAGAAGGCUUAUUUUUCAUGCUUGAGGAAUCUUGGACAUUCAGCAAUAUGGGAGAGCAAAUUAAAUGAACAAGGAUGAGCAUUAAAAAGGGAGGAAUUUGGGAUUCUCCUAUAGUGACAAUCCAGUCCAUAGUUCUGUUCCUACAGGCCCCAUGAUAGCUAUAACCUGCUGGUCAAUGAGCUCAAAUUUAUAAUCAACACAACCUUCUAUAUCAAAUUUAUAUUUCAAACAAUUGUGGUGUGUAGUGGAUUUUAAUUGUAUUUUGAUAAAUAAAGAAUGCCUGAAGAUCUGAGAGUAAAGCAGUCCCACUGAUUAGCCUUACAGACCAGAUUAUGGCAGCACACACCUUUGAUCUCAGUAGCCAUAAUGACACAGACCUUCAAUCCCAGUAGCCACACUAGUUGCCAUAGAAAUUGGGUGGUGCAUGCCGUUAAUCCCAGUGUGCCUCGCCUUUGAUCUCAGCCCUAGAGAGGAAUAUAAGAAUGGGCGACACAGCACUAACGCACAGUCUCCUUCUGAGAUUCCAGGAAGCAAAAAUCAUCAUUUCAGACUGAGGUUGAGGUAAAAGCCAGCGACUGGAUGUUUUGCUUUUCAGAUCUUCAGGUUGAACCCCAAUUUCUGACCCUCAGCUUUCAUGUAAUCAUGCAGCAGUGGUAGAUGUAUGAGGUCUAAAUUCUAGGCAUUUGUGUGCGGCUAAGGAAACUUGCAAAGUGUAAAGGAGUAACCUAUUUGGAAUAGGCACACUAAAAUUGGCAUAAAUCGCAACAUGACACUGCUUAGAUUAUUGAGAGUUGUGUGAUAUUAUCUUUAUUUUAUAACCCUAUAAAAUUCAAUAAAAUCUGCUA